AUGGUGAGCGCGUCCAGCCUGCUGCUCCCCUCCUCCGUCCGGGACCUCGCCUCCUGCGUCUCCAACGGCGCCGUCCGCGUCGCCUGCACCACGCCGGCCUCCACGCUCGUCGCCUCCUCCUCCUCCUCCCCGGCCACACUCUCCGUCACCGCCACCUACCACACCUGCGCCUCCCCGCCGCUCCUCCUCCGCCUCACCUGGGCGCACUCCCCCGUUGGGCCUCCGACGCUCUCCUUCGCCGGCCCCACCGCCUCCUCCCCCGCCGUCCUCCUCCGCCGCCGCAAGGGCACCCGCUCCCUCCCCUCCUCCUCCUCCUCCGACGACCACCACCCCCCGCUCGCCCUCUUCUGGGACCUCACCGCCUCCAAGUACGCCACCGCUGCCACCGACUCGUCCCCGGAGCCCGUCUCGGGGUUCUACUUCGUCGCCGUCGCCAACGCCGAGGUCGUGCUCGCGGUCGGCGACCUCGCCGCCGAGUUCGUGAAGGCCAAGUUCGAGGGCCAGAUCCCCAAGGCGCGGUUCCACCCCGUCGCCCGCGCGGACCGCGUCGUGGCGGCGCCCAACGCGAUGCACGCAUCGCGGGUGCGCUUCGCCGAGGGCGCGCCGGAGCACGAGGUCACCGUCGGCUGCGCCACCACCUCCGGGGGCGGCGGCGAGGAGCUCUGGGUCAGCGUCGACGGCAAGCGCGCCGUGCACGCACGCAGGCUGCGCUGGAACUUCAGGGGCAACCAGACGGUCUUCGUCGACGGCGCGCCCGUCGACGUCCUGUGGGACCUGCACGGCUGGUGGUUCCGGGACCCGCCGGGGUGCGCCGUCGUGAUGCUGCGAGCCAGGAGCACGCUCGAGAGCAGGCUCUGGCUCGAGGAGGAGGCCGCCGCGCCGGGCUUCGCGCUCGUCGUGCAGGCGUUGAGGGCCCCGCCUUGA